GCUUUGGUUGUCAGUUACUGUUUGACGUUUGACGUUUGAUGUCGCUGGUGAAAAAUUUCUAAAAAAAAGUUUGUGAUUGCAAAAUUUUUUGGAUUCAUUUGCAUUUUGAUUUUAUCUCUUCUCAUUGCGAAUCGCUUGUUAAAUAAACGACUGCAAAACAAAAAAAGUGGUGCAAAGAUAAUUAAGCUUUGAUUAAAAUUAUCGGAAACAAAUCGAAUAAGAUGUGAAAAGCCAAAACAACAUAUACAUCCACUUACAUAUGUAUAUAUAUGAAAAACAAAAUAAAAAUUGUAUAGACGGCACAUUGCAAAGAACAAAAUCUAAAAAUAAGCAAAAAAAUCAAUUGGAAGCUAUUUAAGUAAAUAAACGAACUAUUGGCAAGUUAAUACUAACUAUUUUGGAGCUUUAGCAGCAUAAAGGAAUAAAUAUAUUAAUGCAGAAAAAUUAAAAGUUAUUCUACUCUACCCGAAAUAUUUUCAAAUAUAAAUUUUAAAUCUGUUGCUUAGAAAAGAAUUGACACUAUCAUAAUAUUGGUACAACUUAUUACUCUUCAAAUAGAACAACUGUGCAGGAGGCUUUUACAUACUCGUAUUGUAUAAUAAAUAACAAAGACAAAUAUUGGGGCUGACAAAAAUUGCAAGAGUGACUCAACAUCUGCAAACUACCAGUAAAGCUUAUUCCAUUCCGUUUUGCUGUGCUUCCUCAGCAACUGCUAUUACAACAGCAUUUCAGCUGGCGGUGAUACUGCAUACAUAUGUAUGUAUAUACAUACUGUCGUUCACAAGACUUACUAGUUUUUAGUACUACAUUCAUAUUAGCAAUCAAGCCAUACGUUUGAUUACUUGUCUGUUCAAAUAAAGCUAUUCCAGUAUCAAAGCAUAACUUAAAAUUGAAUCGAAAUUUUAGUGGAUUAUUUUAAAACUUUUGCCAAUACCUAAAAUAACAAGAAAAUAAAAAAUAGCAUAUUAUGGUUGGCGUAUAUAAAAAUGAUCUGUUUAACUUAAACCGUUCUUAAAAAAUAGUAAAUAAAUAAACAAAUAUAAAUACGUGCUAAAAUUUGUGUUUGAAAAUAUCGAUACUAUCAAUUCAUAUAAAUGAGUGCAAGCAUGAGAUUACAAGAAGGGCAGGCGGGAUCCGGCCCGCGACCAAAGAUGAAUGCAUCAAGUGAUCUAUUGACAAAAGAGGAGAAUGAAAUUGUCUUCGGACUAUUAGGAAAAAAGUGUCAGACGUUGAAUACAGCUGUGGUGCAGAUCUACAAGACGGAGGGUUCCGCACAUUCGCAUUGGAAGAAGAAACACACUGGCGUCGUUUGCUUUGUGAAGGAUAGCGCGAGGCGUUCGUACUUCUUGCGCGCAUAUUGUUUGAUCAAAAACGAACAAAUUUGGGAACAUGAAUUGUACGAUGCUAUGAAAAUAAUUAAAGCGCGCCCAUUUCUACUCACCUUUCAAGGGCAGGAUGGACACGUGGGAUUAAACUUUGUAUCGGAGGAGGAGUGCGAUUCAUUUUACAGGGCUGUGGACACUACAAUUGAAACGAGAAAUCGUAGGAAAUUAGAAAAACGUAAUCGCGCUAAGGCACAAGCAGCGCCAAACGUACCUCCACCGGUCACAAGGGAUUCAAUGAGAUCUACGCCCGCUAUUAGUCAAACGACAACAGAUUCAAGCGUUCAACUACGCAACCAUCCACAAAAGAUCAAUUCCGUCACACUAACACCUGCACCCAACCCGGUAGCACCAUCUAAAAAUUUCCUCAGCAGUGGUUUUGGUCUAGCCGGCAAGGAUAAGAAACGAAAAGUUACAAAAGCCGACAUAAGUACGCCAACCAAUUUCGUACACAUCAGUCACGUCGGUUGGGAUGCAGAUAAGGGUUUCGAUUUGACGGGCAAUGAGAAUGACGAGGUGCUUACAAGUUUCUUUGCCAAAGCUGGUGUAUCGGAAAAUGAGCUAAAGGAUCGUGAUACACGCGCAUUCAUCUAUGACUUCAUACAGAGUAAUAAUGUGAUUGCGUCGGUAAAAUCGGAACGUGUUGAAUCACCAAAAGCGACUGCGCCCUCGGCACCGCCACCAGUGCCAAGUCGACAUCAGCAUCACCAGAAUGGCACAACUGUAAGCCAAAGAACUGCACCACCGCCACCACCACCGGCGAGACAACCGCCACCGCCGGUGCCUACAACAGUACCAGGCGCGUCACGUGCACCAGCACCACCUACAAGGCCACCCCCCAUAAGCAUUGCACCACCGCCACCAGCACCACCACAGCCUGUGGUGACUGCACCAGUUGCAGCUCCACCACCACCGCCGCCGCCACCGCCACCACCACCGCCGGCAAUGGCAGAACCUACGACAACAGAUGCGCCAGCGGCUGAGACAAAACGUCCAAUAGCGCAGCUCCCAGUUGUGCCCGACGUACGCAGUGCGCUCCUGGAGAGCAUACGUAAAGGCACGACAUUGAAGAAAGUCGAUACGGCAGCAUUGAGCACAGGCAGCGGUGACUCGCAUAGUGAUCUUAUGUCGGAGAUACGCGGUGGCUUCGAACUAAAACCAUCACAUGAUCGUACGCCAGUCAAUCGCAAUAGCGAUGACGGCUCUGGACCAGCUGGCAGUGAUGAGCUGGCGGUUGCUUUAAGACGUGCACUGCUCGAAAGGGAACGCGUUAUGCAGCCGUCAGAUGAUGAAAACGACGACUCGUCGGGCAACGACGAUGAUUGGGAGGAUUAAACGCUAAACAAACUGAAUUAGAGUUGUGAUGUUAAGCGUCUGGACGUUAACAAUAUUAAAUAAUACGUAUUUUCGAUGCAAACCAAUUGGUACUAAAGUCAAAAUAUUGCAUUGAUAUUACGUUAACUAAUUAAAAGCUAACUUCUUUAACUUUAUAUAUGUGUAUAUAUUGUAUAAUAUGGAAAUCUAUCUAAAAUUAUUCUUACAUACAUAUACAUACCUAUAUUUUUGAUUAUUGGAUUUUUCAAAAGCAAUUGUUGCCGAUCGCUGAUAUACAAAUUGCAUGAAUGAAAUGAGUCAAAAACAAGGAUGAAUUAUAAAUAAAAAUUUAUGUAGUCACAUAUGUAAUAUUAUAAAAACUACUUAUGGAUGUUAACAAAUUUCAUGUGUAAUAAUGAUUUUAUAUGAGUGGCAUUGCUAUGGUUUUAACUGUUUUUUUUUUCAAAAUACUGAACAUAACCUAUUUCUAUAAAAUAUUAAAUUAAUUUACUUAAAUAUCUCUUUGACAGUAUAAACGUAUACUUGCAAGCAUACUUAUAUAUACAUGGUACAGAUGUAAAAUGCAUAUCGCUGCUCAAUUAAAAUUAAAUAUUAUUAAAAUAUAAUAUAAUAUUACUUUUAAUUAGCUAAAAUUAAUGAAAAUGAAAAGAUAUUUGACGUUUGAUGAUAAAAACUUAUAAAACAAAGUGAUAGUCUUAGGGAAUGUUUCGCUAGAGGGAAUGAAUUUAUGAAAAUUUAUUUCAAAACUAGCGAACAUAGUAAAAAAACUUCAUUUAAAACAAAUAUAAUAAAAAAAUGUGAGUGUAAAGAGUUAAAUAAAAAAUGCGAGUAUUAAAAUCUAAUUGUAUAACAAUAAUUAAAUAACACUAGUAUCUUAAAAGGGGAAAUCGCUAAGAUGGUGAAUGGCAGAGUGUGUGUAAAGAAACGUGAAAAAUUUUUAGAACUUUUACAAUUGUGUAAUUAUAAAACUGUAUAUGCAUGAGUUCUUGAAACAGUACAUAAAAUUCUUAUUCUAGAUUAAUAUGUGUGUGAGACUUGUAUUUUAACGACAGCACUUUAUUGAAAACUGAUUAUUUCGGCAUGCGAAAUGUGUAUUGAAAUGUAAAACUUUGAACUAAAAAAGAAAAAAAAAAUUAAUAUCUUGAAAAAAAAAACUAUUUGCUUACGAGUGAGAGGGUACAGCAUAAUAUUUAAAGCUCCUUUUGAGUCAGUAAAACUAUUUAAAACAAAUAUUUAACAAUUUAAUUUAUCAACCACAUUGUUAAUUUGUAUAAUUUGAUAACAUGCCUAUAAUUUAAUUUGUUUUAGCGCUACUAGAAAAAAAUGGCAUGCAAAUUGAGUUUCUUUGUAUGCGUUUCGUAUGCGAGAACCUCUUAAGGGGUUACAUCUAGUUAGGAGACCUAAAAAAAGAGGUUUUUCAAACAUUUUUCACUAGGAAACUUUUAGCUUUAUUAUUUUGAGCAUUUGAACACAUAUUAUGGCACCUUUGAAGAGUAGUUAGAAAUUUUGUAUUUAUAAAAAUAAUUGUUUUUGAAGCUGCUACAGCAGAUCUCCAGGGACCCCUCCCAAAACAGGCGUUUUGCGGUGACCACUGUAUUUCUGAAGUGAAUCAUCUGAAAUGAAAAAAUCGAACGGAUUUCGUUAAAGUAAUGUAUAAUCUUGUGAUUAAUCGAUGGAAUAAGCCAAAAACUUUUAUUUGACAAAAUGACGGCUUUAAAAAAAAAUUCAAUUUUUCUCCAUAAUUUUGGUCUUGAAUUGCGGAUUAAAAAUAAACUUUUCAUCAGUAAUGGAAAAGCUUUGAUUAAAUACUAGACAAUGUUUUUCAAAAGCCUGUGUAAAAAUUUGAGACUAAUCGCUUUAGCCGUUUCCGAGAAAUCUUGGUCACCGACUUGAAAAACAUAGUUUUGAGAAAAACGAGGUUAAAGUUUCAAAAGCGCUUUCAAAUGCUCUGACGCGUCGUCACAGAUAUGCCUGUAACUUCCAAAAUAACAGUCGGAUCGACUUGUAAUUUUUAGAGUAUUUACUUGAAGACAUAUACAUUACGAAAAUGGAAUUUAAAAAAAAUCGAUUUUUUGAAAAUUCUAACUAGAUGUAACCCCUUAACUUGACCUAACAAGAAGUGAACAUUAAACUAUCGACACCUACGGUCAUAUUUGCAUGCAGUGGCGAGAUAAAAACUUUAACUUUUAUUUUUGAGAAAAUUAAUAUAUUGCAAACAUAUAUAACCAUAUCAAGUCUGUUAAUCUUAUGCAAAUACCCAUAAUGGGAAACUAUUGGAAACUAAUUUAAACUGUUUUUGUUAAUCAAAUUGGUUUUUAAUGUCAUAUAUCAACAAUAUUGAGGAAUUUUUUCCACAAUGGCUUUUUGUGUAACACAAAUAAAAGUAUUAAAUUACAACAAUAACUUGACAUACAACAAACUGAAUUAAUCUGCUGGAAGUUAACAUAUCUUAGAGCACAGCUUUGAUUAGAGAUUAAUUGAAAAUGAAUAUUUUAAUUCAAUAUCAGCAAAAUUGCAUAUUAUAUGUAUGUAUAUCAGCACAUACACAUACACGGCUAACACAGAAUGUUAAUGAAAUUUUUAUUUUGGCUGUUGCAUUUAUUUUGAAAAGAUUUUCAUGUCACGAUUUAAUUGCCGCAUUAACUUUCUUUUAUUUUACUUAGCGUGACUGAGAGGCGAGAGGCAAUGGGUUGCGAUUCUAUUAGAGUUUUGUAAAUUUCUAUGAAAAAAUAGCUCGCAGAGAAUAUUUCUGCUCUAUAAAAAUCCAACGAGUUGUUUAAAACAUGCAACUCCAUCAAAAUACGACGUUAAAAAUUUACUAUUUUAAACAAAAAAAAAUAUAAAAGAAAAGUUAUCAUAAAAUUACAUUUUAAAAAUGUGGUGAAUUGUACAUAUGUACAUGAUACAUAAAUUAGGGUGUGCCAAAAAUUUAUCCAUUUACUAAAUAUUUUAAAAACAAAAAAAAAUAAUAUAAAAUUCAAAAAAAAAAAACAAAAAAAAACACUAAAAAAAUCGUUUACAAUAUUUCAUAUGUACCAAAUUUUGUAACAUUUGUUCGUGAACAAUAAUCAGAGUUUAGUUGGAAGCAUAACACAAUGAUUGGAGUUUGCUGAUGGGUGACUAUAAUUGAAAAAAAAAUUAUCGUUUUUUUGUUUUUUUUCUUUUGUUUUAGUGUAUUCGAAAAUUCGAAAACCAUACUUUUCGAAAUUGUGAAAACGUGCCUACUUUACUCAAAUAAAAACAUAACGGGAAAGAAUGAAAAAUUUCAAGUAUGCAACUUUAGCAGCACUUUUGUUUAAGAACAAUACCAUAUACACGUACAUAUAGAUUAUAUGUAGUAUGUACAUAUGUACGAGUAUGUUUAUACAAUAUCUAUCUAUACAACUUAUUUUUGAUGGAAACCAGCAAGGAAAUUGUGAUGGUGUAUUGCAUAAUAUGAGAAAAGUUGUUGACUGAAUGAACAUUACAAGUAUACCUAUGUAUUUACAUUAAAUAUUAGUACAUAUGUAUAUUUGUAUCUACGUAUAUGCAUAAAUAGGAAUUAUAUUACCACACUACCUACUACAUAAAAUGCUACUCACUAUGAAUACAUACCGAUCUAUGUAUGAGAAAAAAAA